AUGGGGCGCCGGGGCGAGGACGAGGGCGAGGGCUCGGGUGUACGGUUCGAGGAUGCGCGAAUCGUCAAGGAGCCGAGCCGGCGCAUGACGGCCGCGGCGGUGACGCUCAGCCGCGGUUGCGCGGAGAGGAUACGAGAUGGCAUAGGCGCCUCCACAUCGGAAGCCUCCGCCUCCGAGACGCGGCGCGCGCGUCGAGAGUUCGCCGACGGCGGAAGCGCGACGGGAACGAGCUCGUUGCGGGAUGACUCGGGGUUCAUCUCCUUGACGUACACGCCGCGCAAACCGACGGCGACGUUCCUGCGCGCCUCCGCCCUCGACCGCGCCAGGGUCGAGUUCGGCCCAUCGAUAUACUCCGGGGGCUUCUCCGCACCGGGCGAUGACGCCGACGGAAGCGGCGCCGCGCGCGAUGGCGCGCCAUCGAGGGACCACCCGACGAACGACGCAUCUCCGCGUCCCGGCAAUCCCGGCGCGUGCGGCGACGACGGCGGCGUCGUCAUCGACGCCACCGUCAACCGCCGCCGAAGCGUGCACCAGCUCUCGUUCCUCUCCAACCUCGCCGAGCGACGACGGUGGGACGACGCGAGCAUCGCGACGAAGUGGACGUUGCUCGAGCCCGGAGUGAAGAGUCGGCCCGGAGCCAACAAAAAGACCGACUCGCCGCGGCGGUGGUGGAGCUUCUUACGACCGGGGUAUCUCAGGACCGGACACUCUCCGGAGGUUUCCGCCGUCGCGUUGCUCCACUGGGACUCUUUCGGCGACGCGACGGCGGAGGUGGAGAUCAAGAAGCAGGCGCAAACACACGGCCUGACGACGGCGCCCGGGCAGCCGGGAAACGGCGCGUUCCUCCGAGGGAACAGGCUCGCGAGGGUAACCGCCGUGUCCGAGGCGUUCGUGACGAACCUGAGGGGCCCGAACGGACCGACGUCGCCGCGGGUCGAGGUGAACGUGGCGGGGGAGGUCGGCGCCGCCGGCGACCCGACGGCGCCGCCGGUUUACGUUCGAGGCAAACUCACCUCGGAUCUGGCGAACGCGGGCGCGCACUGGCUGGCGGCGGAGGUGCGCGCCGGCGAGGGGAGCGCGUCCGCGAACGGGAACGGGAACGGGAACGGGAACGGGAACGGGCGCAGAUGCAUGCUCGCGCACCUGCGUUUCUUAACCGACUUUAAAAAUGCGCACGCGUUGCGGUUGCGUCACGCGUCUCGAUCGAGAGAGUCGGCGCCCGCGCCGGGUGCACCGUCGUGGGGGUGCGCCGUCGCGCAGACCUUGACGACGCCGGCUGUGGGUUCAGGGUUUAGGGGCUUAGGGUUCAACUACGAGUCCAAGGUGGAGGUCACGGUGCGGUGCGCACGCAGCGGUGAGUCACCGGACGGUGAGUCACCGGGCGGUGCGUCACCGGGCGGUGAGCUGCGGUUCGACGCGAAGGUGGCUCGGGACGGCGUCGGGGCGGGACGGGCGGCGAUUCGCGCCUCGUCCUCUGCGCCGCGCGCGUCGUCGUCGGACAAAACGUCGGACAAAACAUCGGACGCGGUGGAUACGAGGUUGGUGGAGUUUGCGGUUUCGGGCGCGAGGGGCGUGGAGGGCGUCGGGUUCGAGUGGAGGAGGGAGUGGCGCGCGCGAGACGUCGUCCGAGGGGACCGGGUGGACGACGACGACGACGACGGGGGCGACACGGCCGUGUCGAGCGGGGUGGGCGGCGACGGGGUCGAGCCGCGAAGGUUCGCGUCCAUUCGGGUCACCGCCGUCGACCCGCGCGGCGGCGGGCCGAGCGCACGACCUGGUGUUCGGUAG